GUCCGUAUUUCCCCUCAAGCCCAUCUGGCUCACUGGCAGGGUUUGUUUACUGGCGGAGAGGCUGGGAAGAAGGGGGAUCCUACAGGACCUGGGAGACUGUACAAUCUACCUCUGUCUGUGGAAGAAGAAAAAGAAGAAGAAGAAGAAAAAUAACUCUCAAACUUUAUUCCACCUACUUUUUUCUCUUACACAGAUAAAGGCUUGAGUUGUGACACCAGCCAGCUGUGUGGAGCAUGAGCACAACCCGGAGCAUUUGGUGUUUUUAAUUUUAAUAAUUCCUAAACAGCAACAAAAAAACAAACAGGAGAGCUGCCUGCUGCUGAGCCACGACGGAGUCUGUCUGUCAGCGGAGGUCUCACUGAAAUCUCUGCACGGACUGGAGGAGGAAAAAAACUGCGUUAUUUCACAAGCAAAAGAAACUAAUGUUUUGUGCUCGCUGGAGGACUUUUGGGGGGAUUUCUGUGUGUGUGUGUGUGUGAUGUUUUUUUUUUUAAACGAAAGACACGCUAACGUUACGCCACGCAUGCCACAACCAUCGAGUCAGCAGCAAACGCCUCCAAAAAAAAAUCCUCUGAAUUAAGUUAAAGGUCGCCGUCACAGAAAUUUUCAUGCAUGCAACUUUUUCAGUAAAAUGAAGAUGUUUUGCAGGUGUGUGCUUGUGAGUGAGAUUUGUUUAUGUUAAAAAUUAAUUGAAAAGGGUUGACGUGUAGCAGCGCAAACUUCACUUGUGGCCUGGACUAGCUAGCUAGCUAGCCUAACUGCCGUUUGCUAGCACUAACGUUAGCUUCUGCCCGGCCAACAAAAGUCUUGUUUUGGCACCGUUUUUAUUUAAUCGACACGGGCAAACUGAACUGGGACAGUUAAACCAAGCAAGACACAUAAAGGGAGCACUCAUGUCCCGUGCUUGUGUUUGUUAACGGGGCUUUUCCAUGAGGUGGCUAACUUUAGCAGCAGCAGCAGCAGUGUUAGCUUGUGUUUGACUGAACACGUUGGACUCGUUCCUCCGCCCAUCUUCCGGGAUGUCGUUUAUUUAUUUUUGUUUACCUGUUGGCCCAUGCCACAAAAUAAAAACAAUUUCCUGAAGGCAUUACUCCUCCAGUCUGAGCUGUCCUCCUCGCCAAGGAUUAUUGAGAAUUUGAGCCGGAAUAGUGCUGGAUGGUGACUUAUCCCGAGUCAGUUAUGUGUCUCCGGACUGUGGGUUUUGUUUUGGCCGCUGUCUGCUUCAUGAUGAGCUGUCAUCGAGCCAGUGCAGAGAUUUGUCCAAGCAAGGACAUCCGUAAUAAUGUGACCAACCUGCAGACGCUCGAGAACUGCACUGUGAUUGAAGGCCACCUGAAGAUCUUACUUAUGUUUAGGACCAAGCCUGAGGAUUUUCGAGGCCUCAGUUUCCCUAAGCUGACAGUGGUCACGGACUACCUGUUGCUGUUCAGGGUUUACGGCUUGGAGAGCCUCAGCGAUCUCUUCCCCAACCUGACAGUCAUCAGAGGCAACAACCUGUUCUUCAACUAUGCCCUGGUGGUGUUCGAGAUGCUCCAGUUGCGAGAGAUCGGCCUCCAUAGCUUGAUGAAUAUCACCCGAGGAGCCGUGAGAAUCGAGAAGAACCCAGAUCUCUGCUAUCUCUCCACUCUGGACUGGUCCAAGAUCUUGGACUCAGUGGAGGACAACUAUAUCGUAGCCAACAAGAAUGACAGAGAGUGUGGAGACGUAUGCCCGGGGGUGGCUAUCGGAAAGACCACCUGCCAGACGACAACCAUCAACGGACACUUCAGCGAACGAUGCUGGACGCAGAAACACUGUCAAAGAAUGUGUCCUGUUCAGUGUAAACACCGAGCCUGCACCAAGGACGACCAGUGCUGCCACGACCAGUGCCUGGGUGGCUGCCUGAAGCCCAACUCGACCAGUCACUGCGUGGCCUGCCGUGGCCUCCAGGCCCAGGGCACCUGUGUGGAGCGCUGCCCCGAAAACCACUACACUUUCAAGGGUUGGCGUUGCGUCUCCUUCGCCUACUGCCAGGAGCUGCAUAACAGAUGCAAGCGGGAAAAGGAGCACAGCAGGAGCCCCGACUGCCACGAGUACGUCAUCCACAACGGUGCCUGCAUCCCUGAGUGUCCCUCCGGCUACACGACCGUCAACUCCUCCUCGCUCAACUGCACUCCCUGUGCAGGGCUCUGUCCUAAGGUCUGUAUGGGUCUAAAAACUGUGGACUCGGUCACAGCAGCGCAGGCUUUGAGAGGCUGCACCAUCCUCAACGGGAGUCUGGUCAUCAACCUGCGUGGAGGAAACAACAUAGCAGCUGAACUGGAGGCCAGCCUGGGCCAGCUGGAGGAGAUCACUGGCUACCUGACAGUGCGACGUUCCUACGCCCUCGUAUCCCUCUCGUUUUUCCGCAAACUCCGUGUUAUUCGUGGGGAGGAAACGGAAAUCGGGAAUUACUCGUUCUAUGCCCUUGACAACCAGAACCUGCGCCAGCUCUGGGACUGGUCCAAACACAAGCUGACCAUCCUGCAAGGACGCAUGUUUUUCCUCUAUAACUCCAAACUCUGCAUGUCUGAGAUCCGUAAGAUGGAGGAGGUCACGGGAACCAAAGACCGACAGGUCAAGAAUGAAAUCGCCUCCAAGACCAACGGAGACCAGGCUUCAUGUGAGAACCGGCUGUUGAAGUUUACCCAGAUCCGAACCAUGAGCGAUAAAAUAAUGGUCAAGUGGGAAGCCUUCUGGCCUCCAGACUUCAGAGACCUGCUGGGCUUCAUGGUGCUCUACAAAGAAGCACCUUUUCAGAACGUAACCGAGUUUGACGGGCAGGACGCCUGCGGCUCCAACAGCUGGGUGAUUGCUGACGUGGACCCUCCGCCUCGAUCCAAUGAGGGUGACAAAGAGCAUUUUGAACCAGGUCAUCUCAUCCUGCCGCUGAAGCCCUGGACGCAGUACGCCAUAAUGGUGAAGACCCAGCUCUCAGCCUCCGAUGAGCAACAGGUCCACGGAGCCAAAAGCGAGAUCAUCUAUGUGCGCACCAACGCCACCAAACCCUCGGUCCCGCUGGACCCCAUUUCCUCAUCCAACUCUUCUUCCCAGAUCAUCCUCAAGUGGAAACCUCCCAACGACCCCAACGGCAACAUCACUCACUACCUGGUCUUCUGCCAGCGCCAGCCUGAAGCCAGCGAACUCUACAAGUUUGACUACUGUCAGAAGGGGAUGAAGCUGCCAUCACGGGUGCCCACUCAGGUGGACAGUGACGAGGAGCAGAAGUGGAACCAGACGGAGGAGCAGGGCCAGGGGACACGAUGCUGCGCCUGCCCCAAAACGGACAAGGAGCUCAAGAAAGAGAAAGAGGACUCAGAAUACCGCAAAACGUUUGAGAAUUACAUCCACAAUGAAGUCUUUGAGAUCAAACGCACAAGACAGCGACGGUCUGUGAUGGGCAUCGCCAACCGAACGCACCCUUUCCUCACCACCGCCCCCAGCCCACCCGGGGGCACGCACAUCCCUGAGGAUGAGGACGAGGAGACCUUUGAAAGCACCAAGACCGUGGUCACUGUGCACGCCACUGUCAUCUCCAAUCUGCGCCACUUCACCAGCUACCAGAUCGAGAUCCACGCCUGCAACCACCCGAGCGACGCGACCCGAUGCAGCAUGGCAGCGUACGUCAGCGCCCGCACGAUGCCUGAAGACAAAGCUGAUGACAUUGUGGGUCUCAUCAAUUGCGUCGUGUCAGAAAUGACGGUGGACAUCACAUGGCAGGAACCUUUAGCCCCCAACGGCAUGAUCAUCCUGUACGAGGUCAACUACAAGAGACUUGGAGACAGCGAGGAGCUGCACCACUGUGUGUCCAGGAACAUGUACAAAAUGACCCGGGGCUGCAAGCUGAGAGUGAUGCAUUCUGGGAACUACACAGUGAGGAUCCGGGCCACCUCGUUGGCUGGGAACGGAUCCUGGACCGAGCCCACGUACUUCUACGUCCAGGACACAACAGAUCCUCUCAACAUCUUGAAGAUCGUGAUCGGACCCGUCAUCUGCUUCGUCCUGCUGCUGUUUGUGGCCGUGGCGGGAUUCGUCAUGUUCAAGAAGAAUCAAACUCAAGGGCCGAGCGGUCCCAUCUACGCCUCCUCAAACCCAGAGUACCUGAGCGCUAAUGACGUGUACGAGGAGGACGAGUGGGAGGUGGCCAGGGACAAGAUCAAUAUUUUGAGGGAGCUGGGUCAGGGCUCCUUCGGCAUGGUCUACGAGGGCAUCGCCAAGGACAUCAUCAAGGGCGAGGGGGAGACGCGCGUGGCGGUGAAGACGGUCAACGAGUCCGCGAGCCUGAGGGAGCGAAUCGAGUUCCUGAACGAGGCCUCGGUCAUGAAGGCCUUCAGCUGUCACCACGUGGUGCGAUUGCUGGGUGUGGUGUCUAAAGGCCAGCCCACCCUGGUCGUGAUGGAGCUGAUGACCCACGGGGACCUGAAGAGCUACCUGCGAUCUCUCCGUCCUGACGCUGAGAACAACCCCGGGCGUCCGCCACCCACGCUGAAGGAGAUGAUCCAAAUGGCCGCUGAGAUCGCAGACGGCAUGGCUUACCUCAACGCCAAGAAGUUCGUCCACAGAGAUCUGGCUGCCAGAAACUGCAUGGUAGCUCACGAUCUGACCGUCAAAAUAGGAGACUUUGGUAUGACCAGAGACAUCUACGAGACCGACUACUACAGGAAAGGAGGGAAGGGUCUGUUGCCCGUCAGGUGGAUGGCGCCGGAGUCUCUGAAGGACGGAGUCUUCACUGCACAUUCAGACUGCUGGUCAUUUGGGGUCGUGCUGUGGGAGAUCAGCACGCUGGCCGAGCAGCCGUACCAGGGCCUGUCCAACGAACAGGUCCUCAAGUUUGUCAUGGACGGAGGCUACCUGGACCGGCCGGACAACUGCGCAGACAGACUACACAACCUGAUGCAGAUGUGCUGGCAGUACAACCCCAAGAUGCGUCCCACCUUCCAGGAGAUCAUCGAGAUGCUGCGCGAGGACCUGCAUCCUUCCUUCCAGGACUUCUCGUUCUUCUACAGCGAGGAGAACAAGCCGCCCGAGAGCGAAGACUUUGACCUGGACAUGGAAAACAUGGAGAGCAUCCCGCUGGACCCGUCGUCCUACUCGCAGAGGGAGCAGUGUUUGGACAGGGACGAGGCCUCCUCCAUGGGUCUGAGGGGCAGUUACGAGGAGCACCACAUCCCCUUCACACACAUGAACGGGGGAAAGACCAACGGACGAAUAUUGGCCCUACCGCGUUCAAGUCCCUCCUAACAUACUGUACACAUCCCUCACACACACACACACACAAACACACAUUGAUGCUAUAGAUUUAAAUAUAUUUUUGUUUUUUUGUUGUUGUCAUUUUAUAUAGAUCACACUUUUAUCACUCUCUCUCCAGAGGCCCCUCAAUAUCUCAGGACCUUAUUUUUCUCCUCAGAUGCCACAAACACACACUACAGUAACGUCCACGCAUGGAUGCCAGAAGACACUUUUUUUGUAUUUAAGGAUGAACGUCCCGCGUCCCUCGUUCAUGAUUGUAGUUCAUAUACUGUAUAUAUAUAUUGCCAAGUUUGUGCUAGACUGGGUGGAUAAUGGAUUCAACUGUGAAACAAACUCUCGACAAAACAAGAAGGCUGCUAAAACCCACUGUCCCCUUACCCUGAGUCCAGACUGUGUCCCUAUUUCCCCUUUACUACGAUAAAAGGGUUCAUCCCCGGGUUGCUAAGUUUUGGAGAUAAAAAAAAAAAAAAGAAAAAAAAGUGCCCUUCUAUUUUGUCUGUGGCCUACACCAGUUGUCAUGGAAACUGUGUCUGAAUCUUUGUACGCUCGUGGUUAAAAAAAAACAACAAAAAAAAAAACAA